UUUGCUCGGUACUGCAAGGUCAGAUUAUGCAGUGUGCCUUGCACCAUCGUUCUGGCUGCCGAUCCGUGCACUCUUCUCGGAUCUGGGUUUGACUCCUUAUGCCUUGUUCUGAAGCAUUUACCAGUUUUUGUUUGCACCUGCCUGCUCUGUGCUAAAUCUUCUCAACUCCUCACCCAAAGACCCUCUUCAUUUCCAUCUCCAAUGAAUCCCUCCACCCAUAUCUCCCUUCUGCCACCACUCCUCCUCCUCCUCCUCCUCCUCUCGCUUCUUAGCACCUCCCACGCGGCCAUCACCUGCUACACCUCCAUCUUCAGCUUUGGUGACUCCCUCGCCGACACCGGAAACUUACUCCACGACGUUGGCAAGAAUAAUAUCCAUGUCGGCCGACUCCCGUACGGCGAGACCUACUUCCGUCGCCCCACCGGCCGGUUCUCCGACGGCCGAUUGGUUGUCGACUUCCUCGCUCAGGCAAUGGGACUUCCACUCCUGCCACCGUAUCUCGCCGGGCCGGGCCGCAAGGGUUUCCGGCGAGGCGCGAAUUUCGCCGUGGCCGGGGCCACCGCGAUUGAGAACGGAUUCUUUACGGAGAAGGGGAUCCAGGUCCUGUGGUCGAACAACUCGUUGGGCUCUCAGAUUGAAUGGUUCCGGCAACUGCUGCCCUCACUUUGCUCCUCAGAUUCAGACUGCAACGAUAUGUUCCGAAAUUCUCUCUUCUUGGUGGGAGAGAUAGGAGGGAACGAUUACAACUACCCAUUCCUCCAAGCAAGAUCUCUAGACGAAAUAGUGUCCUAUGUUCCUCGAGUGAUGGACGCCAUUAGCUCCGCAAUUACGGCGUUGAUUGAGCUCGGGGCACGAACGUUGGUGGUGCCGGGGAACUUCCCAAUUGGAUGCAAUUCGGCCUAUCUGACGGUUUUCCGCAGCAACAGAAGUGAAGAUUAUGACGCAAUUGGAUGCAUCAAGUGGUUGAAUAAGUUCUCGAGAUUCCACAACAACCGACUCCGGGUGGUAUUGAACCGGGUCCGGCUACGUAACCCUCAUGCCACUGUAAUCUAUGCCGACUAUUAUAGUGCAGCCAUGAGCUUGUUUAGCUCGCCGGAACCCUCUGGUUUCCGUAUUUCACCUUUACCUGCUUGCUGUGGAGGUGGUGGACCUUACAAUUAUAACUCGAGCUUGCAAUGCGGAAAUUCGGGCUCAAACAUUUGUGCCGAUCCCUCGAUUUACAUCACUUGGGACGGAAUGCACAUGACUGAAGCGGCUUAUAGGAAGAUUGCCAUUGGCUUAUUAAAAGGACCGAAUGCUGUUCCUGCUAUCCUCAACACUUGCCCACAAACGAACCAGGAAUUCUCUAGGCCCCAGUAUGUGCUGUCUGAUGAUGUCUUGGAUGGAUGAACAUUGCUCAAAAAAAGGUGUAUUGGAUGGAUAAGACUCGAGAUAUAUACAAAUUUUACAAUGAUAUAUAGCACAACAAAUUUUAUUAUAUUGCAUCGAACCAUCUUGUAUGACAUUGGUCUAUACAAUUGCUAUCAAAUCCAGUAUGGAGAUUUUAAUCGAGGAAA